GGCUGGGAUCACACGUGUACGCCCACACACGCACACGCACAGGUAUUUAUGUGUGAUGUCGGUGGUACAGCAGCUUAUUGUACGCUCAGCCAAUGAGCAGGUGUGAGACAGCGUGAUCCACUUCACCUGACUGAAGCUGUCUAGAGGAUAACAGCGUGGCCUUGAAAUACACUUCUCACUGUCAGAAGAGUCUCCGCUGCCAACACACGCUCUGUGGUUUUUACUGUCUGAAGAGGAAAACUCAUCUGAAUCACUGCAAGCAAACAGCCACACAACAGCACAGAAGAAGAAUAAUGUCGGGCCUGCAGAAACUCCCCCUCACAGUGACCCUCUGCCUGCUGCUCCUCGCCACACUGUUACCCAGCUCUGAGGCCCGGCGUGGUUUUGGAGGUGGUGGCCGAGGUGGUGGAGGACUCUUUGGCCGUGGCCGGGGCUGGGGUGGUGGUGGUGGUGGUGGUGGCCAGGCCUAUAGACCCGUCCAGAGCAGCGGCCCCAGUGCGGGGAAGAUAGCCGGAGCAGCUGCAGCAGGGGCCGUAGGAGGAGCAAUGGUGGGGUCUGCCCUGAGCCGCCCUGGGUAUGGGUAUGGAGGGUUAGGAGGAUAUGGAAUGGGGUAUGGAGGAUAUGGAGGCGGGUAUGGAGGCUAUGGAGGGGGGUAUGGAGGUGGCUACGGCCCCCCACGUUACGGAGGUGGCUACGGGCCCAGGCCUGGCUAUGAGGCAGAGGGCUCUGGAGACAUGGAGUACUACACCGCAGCAUCCAGCGGCCCCAUCUACAACAGUAUCAUCGUUGUCAUCGGCUCCCUGGUGUCCUUGCUCAUGGGCCACUGGGUGGCAGUCAUGUAGAGACUGGAGUCAGAGCUGGAUACCUCCAAACAGACACAGGUCCAAACCCUGGCUAAAUAACCCGCAACCUGACAGGAAACAAAACUAUCUGCAGUUUAAAUUCAAAUGUGACCAAUAAUAUGACUCUUGAAUAAUGUAAAGCUGUUGCCAAUUCAUUUUCGCAGUGACAAAGGACUCAUUUAGCCUCUACAACAUGUGAGUGUGACCCCAUGUUUCAGUCUGCAGGUGUACUACCGGUGAACACAAACACUUCCUGUAGAUAUUUGUCAAGAGUUGUGACAUAAUUUGACUCAAUGAAUAACUAUUUGUUCUCCACACUGUUUAACGUGGCCAGUCUUUUUAUACUUUUGAUGAUUUCUUAUGUUUUCUGGCAGGCAGUCUGUUUAGAUAGACCAGGAAUAAAUUAGUUUAAUCAGGUUAACUCAGGGCCAGAGAUUAAGAGCAGCUAUACACUUCAUCAUCCCCAUAAUAAUAAUAAUAAUAAUAAUAAUAAUUUCAUCCUACACAGUUUUUCCAUUGUUUCACAUAUUGUCACAUUUCCGGUACAUUGCUUGUAUAUGUAUUAAAGUUUCUCAUUAAAGUACAUUUUAUGCCAUUUUGUAGACUUUUUAUGCAAACAAGCAAAAUGUUUGUAAUAUUGUUAUAUAAAUAAAAAAAAAGUAGAACAUUA